AUGCCACUUGACGGUCUGGGCUGAUUUUCAUCUUGGCCAUAGUAAUUAUUCUUCUUUGUCUGUUUGCUCACAUUCCCUCUUCGCCGAGCAACCCGCUUGCUCUUCUCCGUCCUCUUUUCUUUUGGGAUAUUCUCAGCCUAUUACUCCUCUAUUUCUAUUUAAACUUCAGCUAGAUCGCGUCUUGGCUUUCUCAAAUACCACACUCAACUUUUACCAUGAGCCGUUUGGCGGUUCUGCUCGCUGCGGCGUCUGUCCUGGCGCCGGCCGGGGCUUCUGCAGUGCCUCCCAAUGACAUUCGCUAUCGCGAUUUCCAAGAGUUCCCCCGGUCUCUCGAGGGCCGAGCUACCGAUCAGUCACCCAAGGGCUAUGCCCCUUCGCCAGUAGAUUGCCCUAGCGAUCGUCCCACGAUUCGCCUUGGCUCCCAGCUGAGCCCCCAGGAGAAGGAAUGGCUACCCCGGAGACGCAAUGCGACUAUUGCGCCCAUCCGCGACUUUCUAAAGAGAGUCUCCAUCCCCGGCUUCAACAGUGAUAGGUACCUGUCCAAUGUCGAGAAGGACAGCACAGCGUUGCCCAACAUCGGCCUGGCUGUUUCUGGAGGCGGCUACCGUGCCAUGUUGAACGGAGCCGGAGCCAUUGCCGCCUGGGAUUCUCGGUCACCGGGUAGUAACGCCACGGGCGCCAUGGGUGGUCUGCUACAGAGUGCAACCUACCUCUCUGGUCUGUCUGGAGGUGGCUGGUUGGUUGGCAGCAUCUACACCAACAACUUCACCACCAUCCAGGCUGCUCUCAGCUCAGACACUCUCUGGCAGACACAAAACUCAAUUCUCGAAGGUCCCGAUCAGUAUAGCUUGGUAAGCUAUUACAAUGAAAUCUUCGACGACGUUGAUGCCAAGGACGAUGCCGGCUAUGACCGCUCCAUCACCGAUUACUGGGGCCGCAUGCUGUCUUAUCAGUUGGUCGAUGCUACCUAUGGCGGUCCCGGCUUCACAUUCUCUUCUAUUGCCGACGACCCUGACUUCAAAAACGCACAAGCUCCUCUCCCGUUCCUUGUUGCAGAUGGCCGCGCACCAGGCCAGGUCAUCAUCUCCAACAACUCUACCGUUUUCGACAUCAACCCCUGGGAGCUGGGCUCAUCUGACCCGACCCUUAAUGGCUACGUGCCGCUCAAGUACGUCGGCUCCAAGUUCAGCAAUGGCUCGCUGCCCAAGAACGAGAGCUGCAUGGUUGGCUUCGACAACGCCGGCUACAUCAUGGGCACUUCCAGCACCCUCUUCAACCAGAUUGUGCUGUAUCUCAAGGAUGACAAGAGCCGCUAUGUGCCCAAGGGAGUCCCUGAUUUCGUCGUCAAGAUCCUGGCCGGCAUCCUGACCGUGCUUGGUAACGACAACAACGACAUUGCAGACUGGACGCCCAACCCCUUUAAGGGCUGGAACCCGGAGCGGAACCCCGGUGCUGGCAAUAACCGACUGACGCUGGUUGACGGUGGUGAGGAUCUGCAGAACAUCCCCUACCACCCUCACCUCCUCCAGGAGCGCAAGGUCGACGUUGUUUUCUCCGUCGACUCGUCGGCCGAUACCGACAAUGGCUGGCCCGAUGGUGCCUCUCCCAUUGCCACGUAUGAGCGUGCCAUUGACAAGAUUUCCAACGGUACUGGAUUCCCCUACGUCCCCGGCAAGAACACCUUCCUCAAUCUCGGCCUCAACACCAAGCCCGUCUUCUUCGGUUGCAACUCAACCAACGUGACGAGCGAGUCCCCCUUGAUCGUCUACCUGCCCAACUUCCCCUACCAGUUCCAGUCCAACAUUUCCACCUUCCAAAUGACAACUGAGCUGGACGAGCGCAACGCCAUCGUCACCAACGGCUGGGACGUCGUCACCCAGGGCAACUCGACACGCGACUCCAACUGGCCUGUGUGUGUCGGCUGCGCCAUGCUCUCCCGCAGCUUCGAGCGCACAAGAACCCCCGUGCCAGAUGCCUGCAACAAGUGCUUCCAGCAGUACUGCUGGAAUGGCACGCUCGCGGAGCAGGCACCGGGCGAUUACAACCCGGCCUUUUUCGGCACACCCAUCAAGAUUGAGAGCAUGGGCACAAGAUCGGCCGGUAGUGCGACGGUGAUGACGGCGAUAGCGGCGGUGGUGUGUGCUGUGUUGCUCAUGUAAAGCUGGGCUCUACAUUUAAGGAUAAUUUUUUGUUUUCUUUAUUGGUUGGAUGGGUAGUACCAGGACAUAGCUCGCUAUAGCGACAACAGCGUGCAUAGAAUCAUGACUAUUUUUUUCUCUUGACGACUUUUUCAUCUUCCUUUGGGAUCUCAAUAUUACUUUUGUGGUUAGCGUUUUCAUAUUUAAUGACGAAUUGAAUAUUCCUCU